AUGGGCAUCAACAACCCGAUCCCCCGGUCCUUGCGGUCCGAGUCAAAAAAAGCGGCGAAGAUUCUCGCCAGUUUCAUCAAGCCUAACCAGUUUGUGGGUGCUGACCAGGUGAUUCCUCCUCAUGUGUUGAAGAACGCUAAGGGGUUGGCAGUGAUCACCGUGCUUAAGGCUGGCUUUUUGUUUUCUGGAAGAGCUGGCUCCGGUGUCAUUGUGGCCAGGUUGCCUGACGGCUCGUGGUCACCUCCCAGUGCCAUCGUUACUGCCGGUGCCGGUGUUGGAGGGCAAAUCGGCGCUGAGCUCACCGAUUUCGUGUUUAUCUUGAACACGAAAGCUGCCGUCGACACGUUUGCUCAGAUGGGCUCUGUCACAUUGGGUACCAACAUUUCGGUCGCCGCAGGUCCUCUUGGAAGAAACGCCGAGGCUGCCGGUACCGCUUCGUUGGGCUCGGUUUCGGCGGUUUUUGCUUACUCCAAGACAAAAGGUUUGUUUGCUGGUGUGUCGUUGGAAGGUUCUGCCAUUGUGGAGAGAAGAGAGGCCAAUAGAAAGUUCUACGGUAACAACUGUAAGGCGAGAAACAUCUUGGCGGGCCAGGUGGAGGUGCCGCCAGCGUGCGAGCCUCUCAUGAGGGUGUUGGAGAGCAGAGUGUUCAACUAUAACCUCGACAACGAAGACUACUACGAUGAUGACUACUACGACGACAUCCCCGAUGACUUCUCGGACUCCACCUCGGAGUACUCACGUGGCGGUGCCUCCAGAACGCGUAGAAGCAGACGUCAUUCAGAUGACUAUGGUUACUCCGACGACGACUACGACGACGAGCCCAGACGCUCCUACAACCGCAAUGAAUCUUACAGCAAAGGCUCCAGAGGUGGCGCUGGUCGACGCUCGGCCUGGGAAGACAACAUUUAUGAUGGGCCCUCGGGCAGAAAUCGCAGAGACUCCGAUAUCGACAACUUGGGGCUGAGGCUCAACAAAACCAGACUUGGCGACAGCGGCAGCAGCCCUUCGAGGCCGACCGCGUCCAAACCAAACUUUGGCGGAGCCCAGAAAUCCAACGCUACUCAGGCAAUCGCCCUUUACACAUUCAAAGGUGAGCAAUCUGGCGAUUUGCCCUUCAAGAAAGGUGAUGUCAUCGACAUCUUGAAGAAGUCCGAAACGACAGACGACUGGUGGACCGGCAGAAACAACGGUGCCACUGGUAUAUUCCCCGCCAACUACGUCGAGUUAAUAUAG